GCAGUUCUGUCAACAUACGAAUAAAAAUAACAAAAUUGACAAAAGUGUUCUGUCAUUUUCUAAACAGUGAAUCAAUUUGUGUAUUUUUAGAAAAACAAUAGUUUAUUUCAUCAAAAUUGACCAUGUUUCGGGCUAACAACUUUGAUAAAUUACUUGAUAAAGCUACAAGUAAUCUACGCCUGGAUCCAGAUUGGCCUACUAUAUUGCAGAUUUGUGAUCUAAUUAGGCAAAAUGAUUGCUCACCUAAGUAUGCAGUGGCUGCAGUUAAAAAGAAACUUUAUUCCCAAAAUCCUCAUCAGGCAAUGUUUGCAUUACUCACCUUAGAAAGUAUAGUGAAAAAUUGUGGCUCUGGAAUUCAUGAUGAAGUCACGUCAAAAGCUUUCUGCGAGAUGCUGCGUGAACUAGUUAAAACUACACAGCAUGAAAAUCUACGAAAUAAAAUUCUGGAACUCAUACAGGCUUGGGCUUUUGCUUUUCGCAAUACUCCCAAAUACCGGUCUGUUCAGGACACAGUGAACAUAUUGAAAGCUGAAGGCUUUAAGUUUCCAGCCUUGAAAGAAUCAGAUGCAAUGUUUUCUGCUGAUACUGCACCAGAAUGGGCAGACGGAGAAGUAUGUCACAGAUGCCGUGUCGCUUUCUCCUUGAUGGUUCGCCGUCACCACUGUCGUGCUUGUGGACAAGUUUUUUGUCAACAAUGUAGCUCUAAAACAUCAACAUUACCUAAAUUUGGAAUUGAGAAAGAGGUCCGUGUAUGUGAUGCUUGCUAUGACAAAGUAAGCCGCCCUCCUUCAUCAACAGUGAAAUUAGAAAUAGUUGAUACAUCAAACGACUAUGGCCCUACUCAACCUCAGAAACGUCCACCAGGCAAAACCGCGGAGGAGCUCCAAGAGGAAGAGGAAUUGCAACUGGCCCUCGCUCUCAGCCAAUCGGAGGCUGAGCAAAAGGAGAAGGAGCGUAAGUCUCGCUCGCACAUUGCUCCAGACUCAUCACUCCACCCAACUUUGUCGCCAACGCCAUCAUCGGUGAGUGCCUCGCCGGAUCAUAGCACUCAAGGCAACGCAGAACUGUCACGUUACUUGGACCGCAACUACUGGGAACAGAGGCUGUCCAGAGAACCCACUGCGGCGCCCACUGCGCCAGCGCCCUUGGCGUCGCACCCUUCACAUGACACCAAUGACGAUUUCGUUAAAGCCACCACCAGCAAGGCCCAAGAGGAUGAUGCAGAAGACAAAGAAAUCGACGAAUUUGUGGAGAAUUUGAAAUCGCAAGUGGAAAUAUUUGUGAACAGAAUGAAAAGUAAUUCGUCACGAGGACGAUCGAUCGCUAACGAUACUUCGGUGCAGACGCUAUUCAUGAACAUCACAGCGAUGCACUCUCGGUUACUCCGAUAUAUUCAACAGCAGGACGAUAAGCGGGUGUACUUGGAAAGCUUGCAGGACAAAGUGACCCAAGUGCGUGACAGUCGCGCUGCCUUAGAUACUUUAAGGGCGGAACACGCGGCCCGUUUGGCCGCACAAGCAGAGGCGGCCGAAAGACAGAGACAGAUGCAAAUGGCGGCCAAAUUGCAGGCCAUGAGGAAAAAGAAGCACGAGUAUUUACAGUACCAGAGGCAGCUGGCAUUGCAGAGGGUGCAGGAGCAAGAAAGGGAAAUGCAAAUGCGUCAAGAACAGCAAAAGCACCAAUACAUGAUGUCAACAAGCAGCGGUUACUACAUGCCCGGCGUAACAAUGCCUCAAUACCAAACCGGCUUUCCCAAUCAACCUUUGUACGCGAACCCUCAAUUCCACCCUCAAAUGAUGUCGCAAUCCACUACCGAAAACAUGCCCGGCCAACCGCUAAUGUCCCAAGCUAACAUGUCCAUAAACCCCAUGAUAUCUCAAGCUAUGCCUCAAAUGACUAACACUUUCGCGAUGUCCACAUCCGGUAACGCUAUAACCCAAUCCCCGAUCAAUCAACAGCAAUCCAUGCCUCAACCAACAGUCCGCCCCAUUCUAGGCCAACAAACGCCUUUACAACAACAAAUGAUGAUGCAACAGAUGCACCAAAUGCGUAUGCCAAUGCAAUCCGGACACCAAAUGAUGAUGCAGAACAUCCCCAACGGGAUACCCCCACAAAACUUGCAACAAAACAACCAAACACAAAUGCCAAAGAAUGUAACAAAUCAACCCCAACAACCCAACAAUAUGAUACCCGCUAUAUCGACCGGCCAACAAAAUAUGGCGCAGCCGCUCAUGAACACGAACCCAAUGAUGGGAAUGCAAAUGCAGAACAUUAGAAUGUCUAUGAUGCCUGGUCAACCUAAUGCCAAUCAACAAGUGCCUAUUUCAGCGUAUUCGAGUAUGCCAAACCAACCUAAUAGACAGACGGGUCCACAGGUCCCCAAUUUGCAACAACCUUCCCAAAUACCCGUAACUGGCCAACCGAUGUCUUUACCCACACAACAGAUGAUGCCAGGACAGACGCUACCUGGCCAGAACCCGAAUAUCCCCAUUUCGAAUCACAUUCCUACGUCAAAUCCGGGGGCUCCCAGUCAAGGAUCUCAAGUGCCUCUACCACAAUCACAACCCCAAGGUAUUGUUAAUCAAGGGCAACCGCUUUCGAUACCUGGACAACCUAUGCAGCCGCCAGGGCAGCAAAUGAUGAUGCACGGACAGCAAAUGAUGCAAAACCAAGCUCAGCUCAAUCAGUUGCCUCAAACUCAGUUACCUGUUCACCAAGGUCCAACGAUGAUGCACGGUCAGCAAAAUCUACCACAACAAGUACCAGGUCAAGGGCAACCGCAAAUGAACAUUCCGCAAAUGCAUCAAGGUCAAAUACCACAUGGACAACAGAUGUCGCAAACUCAACCAAUGCAGCAAGGUCAGCCGAUGCCUGGCCAACCGAUUUCUGGACAAGCGAUGCCACAAGGUCAACCUAUGCAGCAAGGUCAACCAAUGCAGCAAGGUCAGACAAUGCAACAAAGUCAAACAAUGCCCCAAGGUCAACAAAUACCUCAAGGACAGCAUAUUAAAGCUCAACCUAAUUUCAAUGGGCAACCGGGGCCGGGUGUCGCACAACCAAACUCCCAACAAUCUCAAACGCCCGUAAAGUCUGAGCAUAACAAUAAUACAGCAGAACUGAUAAGUUUCGACUGAAACAAAUAGAAGUUUAACGGAGAGAUCUAUUUAUUCAUAUGACUGGCUAACUUUCUUGACACUAAGUUAUUAGAAGAGUAUGCUAAUGUGCACUUUUUAGAAUGUAUUGAAGUUUCUAAACCAAAACAUUGUCUUGUAGCUUUGGUGGAAAUGAGAAUUUUAUAAUAUUAAACUUAAAACUACAUAUUUAUCAGUUAGGAUAGCCUCAAUUCAUCUUUUAACUAAGAUAAGCAGAUCA